AGGUGACUCCACUUGGCCACUCCUAGCGGCGUAUGUAUGUAUGUUUAACAAAGAGCAAUCGUGCAAUCAAUACAACUACGUCCUUUCUUGGGAGAUUAUUGUCUACAUAUGUUCACUGGGCCGUGACAAAAGAUGACAAAUUUUCCCUAUUGGCCCGGAACCCCUAAAUGUACUACAAUCCAUUUUAACUUGACGUAUGUAUGCAUGUAGCUUAUCCCCAGUUCUGGUCAGAAUUAUUUAUUAUCGGACACAAUUACUACAUAACUCAAAUCAUGCUGUAAUUGUAAGUCCAAUAAUUUAUUAUCUCUUGAUUGAUUAAUCGAUUACACCCAGUAAAGGUGAUCGGUUUCAUAAGUUAUUAUUUUACAUUUACUGUCCACCCAAUUCGUUUGCAUCCAAGGACAUUACGAGAUUUUAUAACCAUUUGUAAUCUUAUUCUCAAGUUCAGUCUUUUCCUGAUUCUUUGACCUGAUGUACAUGUCGCCGUCUCAAUUAUACAAAUAUUUUAUCUUACUUAAUAUGUACUUCUCAAUUUUACCUUUUCUAAUUGUAUGAAAGGACAAAAUACCGAUAUGAUAACAUAAUGUGUCUCCUUACUUCUUAUCAAAUUAUCCUAAUUCAAUUAACCUUCAAAAUGUAAUUUAACCAAUGCUCAACCAAUAUUCUUGGCCACUCUUCUCAAGCUUACCUUACGAGCCACAUCAGCCCAAUUCAUUUUAAGUUCUAACCAUUUUUAUGUAUGACAAGGCUUGUUUUUUUUUUUUAAACUGAAGUAAAACACAUUGAGCAAAAUUAACUUAACAAGCUGUCCGAGAACUCUUAAUUUCCUAAAAAGUCUGUCCUUCUCAAAACCACGCCAUCAUCAUCACAAAAUCUUCCAUCCUCAAAUCACACCCACAUCAUUUUUGGUCUCUAUCGAACCGGAUUACAGUGAAUUCAAACUCUAAAAAGUGCGUGAAAAGUGAUUUGAGUACGUUUCGAAAUAGACAUGGCUCCAUACAAAGAAAUUGAGAAGGCACGAAAAGAACGAGAAAGAGCUCAACACACCAUUGAAUGGCUCGAGAAGAAGCUGGCCGAUCAUCCUACUAAUCCAAUAACCGUUGGUAAAGUUGACAAUUAUUUGCAAACCGUCGCCCGGAAUCAAGCAACAGUUGAAGAAACAUUCGAGAGAAUUGUCAUCAAUUGCGACCCUAUCGACCUUACGCCCCACAAGGAUGAGUACGAACAGCUAAUGGACAGAGUGAUGGAGUUGAGCAGCCAAUUCCAAAUCAUCAAGGUUUCAUUGGCUCCAACCACGCCCACACCUACGGCAAGCACAGGAGCAGCUCCGCGAGUGGACAUCCGGUUGCCAAAACUAACACUUCCCACUUUCGACGGGAAGAUAGAAGAAUGGACAUCGUUCCGCGACAUGUUCAGUACAGCAAUUCACACCAACGCACACCUAUCAAAUACUCAGAAACUUGCAUAUCUGAAGACCCAACUGAAAGGAGAAGCAGCGAGACUCAUCCAAUCAUUGGUCAUCAGCGACGCCAAUUAUGAUAUCGCCUGGAAACAGCUAGGAGACCGGUAUCAGAACGAUCGUCAGUUACUCUUUGCUAUUUUAAAGCGACUCAUCAAUCAGGCCCCAAUCGUAAGCCCCACAUCGACUACUCUUCGUUCCCUUGUUGACGUUAGCGGCGAGUGCAUCAGGUCACUGGAGAUCCUGGGACAACCCGUACAACAAUGGGAUUCAAUCCUGCUAUUCACUCUCUACCAGAAAUUGGACGCACACUCCAAGGAACUGUAUGAGCAGAGUCUGAAAGAUAGCAGCGUCCCUCCCCUGCAGGGAUUAUUCGAGUUCCAGGGCGCUAGAAGCGGCUGGCCCCAAAGAAGUUACUCAAAUUAUCAAGCCAUUUGAUAAGCAACAGCAAGCUCCCAA